CUCCCAGUUGGAUAGUAAUUCAUAAUGUAAAACUAAUAAUGAUUGUGUAGAAAUAGCACAUAGAAGGGAUUUGAUGUCAGUCACUUGGUAUGAUGCGAGUUCUCUGUGACUAAAAUUCCUGUUGACUGUCCCUUUAAACUGGAACAAGAAAAUAGCUUUUGAACGGGCUUUUGCGCGUGCGUAGCAAUAUAAUGGGGUCGAGGCGAUACUGGAGUACAGAGCGCAUUCCUAAAGGAAAAUAGACACUGUCACCCAUCCCAAACAGACCAGAAGCAAUCAUGGGGAGUGUGUUCUUGCCGUCGGACCUCGCCAACACAGUGCUGAGGCGUCUGCGCAGGGACAACGGCUACCUGCUAGAGGAGAUCCGUCAGGGCAACAUCCAGAGAGAGUGCAGAGAGGAGAUCUGCACAUACGAGGAAGCCAGGGAGGCCUUUGAGAACGAUGAGAAAACUCAACAGUUCUGGGAGGAGUAUGUGCGGGAGAGCAGUGGCGGGCAGCAGUUGGAGGGCAGAGUCCACUCCCUUUACCUGAUCCUCCCCUUGCUCCUGGUGCUCCUGAUCUCCGGCGUGGCCAUCACUGUGUGGCGCUGCCACUCCCGCAAGCGCUCGGAACGCAACCCCGCCCUGGGCCACUCCCACCGGGACCCCACCUUAUCGUUGGUCUCCAUGGACCAGCUCAGCGUCAACAGCAGCCCUGCCGACCCGGGCUCGGAGGUCACGUCGGCGAGGGGAGGCAGAGGAGAUCCACCCCCAUCCUACGAGGAGGUGGUCGGCCACACAGAUGUGCACAUAGAGACAGAGCCUCCGCCGUAUGAGGACAUCAUUGGCCAUGGGAAGUGAAGUGACCCCCCCCCCCUCCAUGCCCCGUCUCAACUGACCCUUCUCCCUCUCUGGCCCCCAUCCAGCUAGAUCAGGGGUGUCAAACUCAUUCCAUGGAGGGUCGUCUGUCUGCUGCGGUGUUUUUUCCCCUCUCAAUUCAGACCUAAACCAGCUGAGGGGAGGUACUAACUAAUCAAUGACCUUCAUUUAUCAAUCAGGUCCAAGGGAGGGAAAACCUCAGUGGAAUAAGUUUGACACAUGAGCUUAGAUCCUCCUGCCCUGUCUCACCCUCCGUCUCACCUCCCUCUAACUGUUAUGUUACUACACUAACUCAGAGGUGUUGGAUGCAAUAACGCUGAUGCUUGCACUGACCAUUGGAUAGGGGUGGAGUGAUGGUGAUGAUGAUACCAAAUGUUUGAUUUUGAUAUACCCAAAUGUACAGUUAUUUAACCAUACAUCAGUGAUGUUAUGACUAUCCUGGAGGUUUGAGGCUUGAUGAAUGGUGCAUUGUAGGGUGUAAAGUAAAAAAAGAAAACGGUUCUGAUUUCCAUACUUCUAAAAAAGGAAAUAUAUAUAUAUAUAUAUAUUUCCUUUUUUAUAUAUGGCAAAAAUUUUUUUUACAAUUCACUAUAUAUAUAUAUAUUAUAUAUAUAUAUAUAUAUAAUAUACAUACAUACAUAAUAUAUAUACACACACACCGGUAGUUGUUUUGAAUGUUCGGGGAGUGAAUAAAAAGUAAAAUAAAAAAAGUAGUCAUUUUUGCCAUACAUUUUGGUUAGCCAGUAAUGGCUUUGUACACGUAGACUUGGAUGGGUCUAUCCCAGCGUCAUAUGAAUUAGUCAGGGACAGUCAAUAUUCUCAGACCACAUUCCCUACGGCUGCAUCCCAAAUGGUACCCUAUUCCCUAUGUAGUGCACUAAUUUUGACUAGUCCACAUGGGUAAUAGUGCACUAAAUAGGGCAUAGAGUCUCCGUGUGACAUUAUGGGAGCUGUGCUGGCAUGCAGCGCAGGCGUGACCUGCGAGGGAACAUGGGACAGGAAGCUACAGACAAUUACCCAUUCUCUCUCUUUGGGCUACAAACAGUAUUAAAUGUCACUACGCACAGUGUGUGUGUGUGAGAGCGCAUUUUUCUUUUACUGUGGAUAACACUGACUAUAUUGAUAAUAACAGUGUGAAUAACAUGAGGUGUGUGACAGAAGGCACUGGUGUUGAGGAUCAAACUGAGCCGUUUGAUAAUGAAUACUAGGACACAGUUGGUUUGGUUCUACUCAGCACUACUCACCAAUAAUAUGAUCAGCUAUUGGUCAACUGUAUAUUUUAUAUGCUAAUUAUGCAGCUGGGGGACUAAAUGCAGACAUCCUUAACACUAAAUAUCUGCGUAAUAUUCAUUAUUAUAAGUGAUAUUGAUACAUGUAAUAUGACAAAUGGCCCUGUAAACACUUAUUUCUUGAGACAAUGUAGAGUUUGACCGGGGUUCAAUCUUAUCCGCGUCAAAGUGCGUUGACAUUUUAACAGUAAUUCCCGAUUGUGCCGACAUUGCAACGUUUCCUGUUAAUGGGAUCUCAGCGAACGCAGGGAACAUUGCCUUUAGAAGGCGUAUUGUCGACAGCGUUCUACGGAUUGAAGUACGGCCUUUGUCUGCACAAUAAUAUUUACACAGUAAUUGUGCAGUUUCUCAACAACGCUUGUGUGAUUAUUUUUGUAGAUGUUUUUGCGUUGCAUCACAACCAUUGUGCCAAAUGUGUUAUACAUCAGUUGUAGGACUUGAGUGUGCACGGGGCCUGUGUAAUCUGUACACCGGAGAUGUAUGAGAGGACUGACCUGUGGAAAUGCAGCACUUGUCCCUAUGCUAUAUGACCUGUGAUUGGGAUGUGCUGGUUGAGGUAGCCAUUUUGCUUGGGUUUAUGGCCCUAUCCAGAAAUGGCCCUUACCCCUUAAACCAGGGAUCUCCAAUCCUGUUCCUGGAGAGCUACCCUCCUGUAUGUUCUCUCUCCAAUCCUGUUCCUGGAGAGCUACCCUCCUGUAUGUUCUCUCUCCAAUCCUGUUCCUGGAGAGCUACCCU